CGAAGUCGUUGAUGUUUUUCGUGCUGCGAGGGACAACGAAGAGUUGGUGCCAGGUGCCGUUUUCAGGGCGCUGUAAACGCAGCCAAUGGAGUGGCUUGCCGGUCCACUGUGGCGGCUGAAUCGAAACUGGUGAAUCCCGGGUAUAGCAAUGGAGAAAUUGAACAGGAUUGGUGUCAGCACACCUCGUUAGAUCCAUCCCUCUGCCACGGAUGCCGUCAACAAGACCGUUUUUUUUUUCUUGGGGCCUGUGUGGCUUCCCAUGCACCGGCGCGCCAAUCUUCAGAGCGAUUCGUUUCUUUUCCAAAACUCCAUGAAGCCGUGAUGUUCUGUUCCACCACAUACUUUGUCAGAACCCGUGUCCCGGUUAUGCAACCGAUGCGAGUGACCCCCAGUCUUUCUGUCCUUGUCACUUGUUGUGGUCACGAUGCACGUUAGGGGACGCCUGUGCCCAUGUUUUUGCUCUUCCGCCGGUGUUUUACGCCUCGCUGUGUGUCUUGUUAUCGUCGUCUCCUUUAUUGACAUCGCAAGCCAAGCAAAGCCCCUUGUUCGGCGUUCACACUGGUUCCAGUGUGCUCCUCGUGACCUCGCAUCCCUCUCAGCGCCGAGCCGGGUGGAAACUUUUCCCUGCAACCUCGCUUGUGAGUUUCGGUCGAAGUCAUCGUCAGUCGGGUGCCUCUACGAAAAAAAUGUCGAAUUGGAUGCUCCAUUGACACUGGAGGCCAGGCAGACUCGGAGGUGUCGCGACUGUUGGCUGCUGGGCACACCUUCUCACUCGCUUCCAUGGCGAAGCUCUUCCGUCCACUUCCACCUUUCCGCCGCAGCUCGAGCUUCGCUGCCUACUCCUUUGCUCUUUCCUUCCGCCACUUUCCAAGACUCGACUCCUCUUGUGCACCAAAACAAUGCCUGUGAAGGCAGUGUCCGUACGCACUCCUCUUCCCCAUGCUGCUCUGCCUUUUUUCGGCAGAGCCAUUCUGCGGAGUACACCGGCGGAGUGAACCUACCGAGAAACUUUUGCUCAGCCGUCGCCGCUUUUCUGCCACCCGCGGGAGCAUUUGGUUCCCCGACUACACUGACACAUACAGCACUCCCGCUCAUGAGGCAACAGUCUUCGCGUGAUUGGAAAACUUCUGCACGGUCCUUUUCUUCGAGAUCCGCCCCCCCCCCUCAACGUGCUCUUCAUGCCGGGAGCGCGAGCAGCCUGGAUGCGACAAGCAGUCAGCCGGCUUGUACAAGCAUCCGUUUCCUGAAGAAACCGACAGCGACUCCAUCCCACUGGCUCUCGUCCCCUCGUCUCACUGGGAAGGCUGGUGCUGAUCAGGCCUUGCAGGCCACAGCACAGUUCGCGUUUCAGCUCUCCAGCGGCGCUUCGCCUGGAACAGAAAAUAGUUUGAGAGAAGACUUCCUAGAGCACGGGAGUCAGAAUACGUCAACGAGGCAGAGCGAACAUCUCGAUGGAACGACUUUGUGGAUAGAGGAUAAAGUUGGUCACCUGGACCAGGUCUUCCGAGGCUCACGGGUCAUAACCGGGCUUCAGCCCAGCGGACACCUGCACCUUGGAAAUUAUUUCUCAGUUUUUCACCCGCUGCCGAUUCUAGAAACAUCGGGUGCUUCGGUAACAUGUCUCGUCGGCGACUUGCAUGCCUCCUUUGGCGGCCUGACUCGGAGGAGCAUCGGCCCGCUUCGUCCGGAGACACUCAGAGAUUCCCCGUCUCGGGACAAUGGAGCCGAUUGUAGCGACCUGCUCAGAGGCCCACGGUCUGGACAUGGCUCCUCGGGUCACACAGCCCCUGGAAGCACAGCAGGCGAUAACGUUCACAGUGAGAGUUCUGUAGAAGACACGAAAGCAAUCUCCGAUAAGACACUCGACGCAGUCGCAAUGCUGCUAGCCACCGGGAUACAUCCUGACCUAGGCCAGGAAGGAGCGACGUCUCGUUCUGAGACACAGGGUACAACCGUCGUGGCUGUUCAGAGUCUGAUUCCGGAGCACACGGUGCUCGCUACUCUGCUGAUGGGAACGACGCCUUUAGCCUGGCUGGAACGAUGUACGGGCGCGUCGGCUAAUAUUCGGCGCCUUACCGUAGAGGGGAGAGACUCGACAUGCAGCGGACGGAGGCAGGAAACGCAUGAAGACGACGGUCGAAAAGCAGAUGUGGGAAUGCGAUUCUAUCCCCUGCUGAUGGCAGCGGAUAUCCUUUCUCAUGACACUGACUACGUGCUGGUUGGUGGGGAUCAACGCCAACAUGUCGAAUUCACACGCCAGGUCGCUAGGCGGUGGAACCGCUCUUUUUUGCCUCUCUCCGAUGGUGACACAAGAAAUCCGCUUCCUACCAUUGGGACCGACGUGUCAAAGAACAGGCGGGGACUGAGAGUGCCCAGGAUGAUAAGCUACAGUCGGCUGUCGUCAAGGAUCGGAGACCUGCAAGAUCCGGGAAAGAAAAUGAGCAAGAGCAGCUGUCAUGCGUCUGCGAGUGCGGUGCUGAAUUCAAAGGGAUGCGUUUUCCUUCUUGACCCGCCGGACGUGAUUGCUGCGAAAAUCGCGAAGGCGAAGACCGAUACGAUUCGCGGUCUGUCGUAUAGUCUGGAGGACCAGAGCCCUCAGCUAUCUGGUGGAGACGAUGAGGGAACUGCGGAUCGAGUUGCUUGUCGCAAUCUGUUGCAUCUCUGGUGCGCAGUGGCCGGCGAAGCACCGCAGGAGGCAGCGAGCCGCUUUACUGACACACCAUGGGAGUGCUUCAAGAAGGACCUGACCGAGCGUGUUAUAGAUAUGCUCAUUCCUGUGCAGAGGCGCUACAGAGAAAUUAGAUCAGACAUCCCCUACUUGCGGCGCGUGAUCGAUGCUGGAGCAAAACUGGCGCGGCAGAAAGCGGUGGCGACACUUCAGAAUGUCAGAGAGGCAAUGACAAUUGUAGUUUCAUCGUCUGAUGUUAAUUGAACCUGCCGAUCAUCUGUACAACUCGAGAAUGCCUGCAAUAGCAGAAGGCCAUUGACGGGGGUCUCCCAUAGAGACUCUCUGCCCUUUUCCUGCAGACACCUUCGUUCAUGGGCUGCUGCAGUGUCAGGUGCGAUGCAGUGUUGGAGUUGAGAAGUUACCCCAGUCGUUUCGACAGGUUUUACAGAUUUGCAUUUGUACACGAUGUAUGAGUUGUCAGGCUAACAGUGUGGCAGCUUUUUCAAGAGGCCGCCAUGGACUUCAGAGAAGCGGCCCAGUGACAAUUUUCGAGGGUGUAUAUCAAAUGCAAGCUAGAAUGGCUGGGGCACAGUUUGCGCUUGUGAGCCUUUGGUAGGCUUUCUUGCCCUUUUGGCCUUAAUUUUCCCUGCCUACUGUCGCAUGCGGAGGAGGGGAGAAGAUCCUCCCCCGUUGCGUGAACGGGAGAAGAUUACUCUAGCACGCACAAGGAAUCGAGGAACAGAACACUGCACUUGCUGGUGUGCACACGCUGCCCCGUUUGUUCAAUUUGAAAGCAGUUUCGGGAAGCAGGUUGUCAGCAAACUCAAUGUUCCUUUCCCGAUAUACCGUCGCAGAAGUGCGCAGAUGUGUCUGCUGUUUCAUCGGGACGACCUACUCCGCUAGAGGGAACUCGUCGGGCUGUUAUGAGAUGUGAGUUCGCAUCAUCACAGCACUUUGUGUGGCGCUGGCCUUGAAACAACCGCUGUUACUGAAGGAUUUCUAUCACCU